AUGGCCUCGCCAGACCACCCCUGUUAUCCAGGUGUGGUUGAAGCUACGGAUACCGCCAUGUUCAUACCCAUGGCGUUAUAUCCCACACCUCCAGGCCAGAACUGCUCGCUCACCCCAGGCGCGGAGCCCCAAUGCCAGCAAUGGCUCGGGUGGGACGACCACGCAGUCGAACCCAAGUAUGCCGAGAACGACUCUGUCGACUUUGUAAAUCCUCCGCACUUGGAGGGCGGGGCUCAGCAUCUGGAGUCUUCAUUCUUCGAAAUGGGUGUGGAACAGGCGACGGCUACGUGGGCUUCCCAAGCGAACAACUGGCCCCCAUUCCAAUGUCAAAUUUUUCAACAACCGCCCAUGAACACGUACAGCGGCGAGGCUUGGCCUUCUCCCGAUGCGCAGUCGCAAACCGAACCCCAUUCUCGAGCCAAGAAAUCGACAAAACCGACAGAGGCAACUAACAACACGAGGUCCCGCCCUACGUGGUCGGCCGCCCAACAAAGUCACAAGAGGGCAAAGAUCGGGGCUGUAGGCAAACCAUCUCCGUCGAGCUCGAAUUCUUACCGUGGCAAGGUGACAAUGACAGACGACGAUACCAAGUAUGAGGGCGAGGGAGAUGAGGUGGGCGAGCAGGGUGAGAGCUGGCGUCCGGGAAUGAAAAAGUACCGCGUCAAGAAUCGGGCAGCAGCAAAGCGAUGCCGGGAAAAGACGAAACUAUACGAAGAAGAACUUGCGGUCAAGGAGCAGGAAGUCACACAAGAACGGAUGUACCUCGACGCGUACGUGGCAGCACUUAAAGAGGAGGUGCUAGCCCUCAAGAACCAAAUCCUACAGCACGGCGACUGUAACUGCGAGCUUAUCCAGGGAUAUAUCGCCAGAACCGCGAGUGGCAUCAGCGGACAAGCCGUACCAACGGGUGCCCAGGCACACAAGUGCAUCUGA